AUGCACAGUAAUCAAAAGCUUCUCAUGGAUCAGUGGGAGAAAACACAAGCUGUUAUAAGGGAAGAUAUGACCACUAUGAAAGCCCAUAUGGGUCAACUUGUUGAAGCCAUACAAGCUUUGGCUAGAGGGAAAGAGGAAAUGUGUCAGGCUAAUUUGAGAGCUUCCACUGCCAACUCUUCUGUUGUGACAAUACCAGUUAAUCCCCUAGAAGGAGCCGGUACACCUGUCGUAACUCAACCACCUCCCGAGACAGGCCCAGAGUAUCAAAAUGUUGCUUCGACAUUCAACAUCCCUAUCAAUGAGAGAGUUCAACCUGAGAUUGACGAUCAUCGGGAUGCUUUCUUCACUACAUGGGCUGAUUUAGUAUAUGAUGCUUUUGGUCCUUCUCCUGCUGACCUCAAACGAAGAUUUUGUAUGAUGGAGGAUAAAUUAAAGGCAAUAGAGGGUCCCGAUACUUUUGGUUUAGAUGCCGCCGACAUGUGCCUAGUGCAAGGCGUGAAAAUUCCUCUGAAGUUCAAGGUUCCAAACUUUGAAAAAUAUCAAGGGGUCACCUGCCCGAAGACUCACAUCCGAGCUUUUUGCAGAAAGAUGGUUGCUUAUUCUGAUGACGAGAAACUCUUAAUGCACUUUUUCCAGGACAGUCUUAGUGGGGCUUCUCCGGAAUGGUAUAUGCAGCUUGAGCGCAUGCAUAUACGAACUUGGAGGGAACUUGCUGAAGCCUUCCUAAAGCAGUAUCAGUAUAAUUCAGACAUGGCUCCUAAUCGGACUCGGCUCCAAAGUCUUGCUCAGAAGCCAGAAGAAUCAUUCAAAGAAUACACCCAACAUUUGAGGGAUUUAGCCGCCAGGGUUCAACCUCUUCUUCUUGAAAAGGAACUGUAG